CAAUACAAAUUGCAUUUCGCAGGUGCAUGGAGAUAAGCGUGUAUAAAAAUUAAUAGUUAAUCUAAACAGUUAGAAAUAGGUCGUACAGGCAACAAAUUCUUUGGCGUAAUGUAGAAAUAACUAUCUUCUUGUUUUUUUUGUUAUUUAAAGACGGAAGCUCUUCCUUGCGCACAUGUGUCGUCGGUCACUAUAGUUACCAAAUACAAACGCCGUCGCGUCGAGCUGGUCGAGCACCUCGUCGGACACCACUGGGCUUGUUGACUGGACGUCGAAUUGUGUUAUAAAUUAUCACGACCGAUUGGCGAUCGACACAUGGCGGCGAGUAACAUAGAUGUGAUUUUGAACCAGCUGGGAUGGCAGGACGGCUUCCGAAUUCCCGUAGCCAACGAGGAGAACAAACGUCUGGAGGAAGAAGUUGCUAGAAAGACGAAGCGCAAGCUCUCGUUGAAUGCAAAGUUGGAGAGGCUCGAGGAACGGUUGAAGAUGAUCAGGAAACACGCUGGCGACUUGGCUAUGCGGCAUGACUUCAAUCAGAAACUGCUCGCUGAGCAUUCGGUCCAGCUGGAGACAGAGGAUCACCUGUAUCGGUUGAGCAGCAACACUGAGUCGUCGCUACGCCAAGAGACACGCGAAUUCGAAAAGGAAUGGACGGAUGUGAAUCGCAGAGUAUCGAACGUGGAGAAGGAGCUGCUUAGGAUGACGAGGAAACUGGCCGAGGCAAAACAGACGGUUCAGUUAGACGAGGAUAGUUUACGUAAAUGGGAGGAGAUGCUGUCGCAGAAGGAGGAGGAUAAUCAGUUGAUAGAGGAUUAUAUGAAGCAAGAUACACAGAAGUACAAGGAAUUAGAGCAGAAACGGCAGAAACUCAGUAUGGAACUUGAGACUUAUCGUCAGGCUAUUGUAAAAACUGUCGGCAAGGUACAAGAGAUGGAGAUCGUUCUGGACCGCACGGCAAAACUGUACAUGGAAGCAUUGAAAGAACGCAGACAGAUGAUAAAUCAGUGGACGCAAAGCGUCAACGUUCUGCGUCAGAAGAACAACGAUAUACAGAAUACUCUAAAGGAAAUCGAAACGUUGCGAGAGAUUGGCAGAGAGAAAAAGAACAAUCUCGAGGAGGUAGCACAAUUUUUAAAAGAUCAAGUUGUAAACAACAAGCAGCUGGAGGAGUUGAUUAAACGAUCGGAGAAGGAACUUGGUGCAAUACAAGAAAAACAGUGUAAAAUCACGGAGGCAAUUAAUGUAUACGGCAUCGAGCUUCAAACUCAGAAGAAAUUAGUGGAGAAUUUGGCACGCCGUACACAACAAAUGCGGGCCAAUACGAAGCGCAAGAGAAUCGAGAUGGAGAACAAACGUAUAAAGGUGGACAAUUGCAAGAAGCGAAUCAAUGAUUUAACGUUGACUUUAGAAGAGAUUGAGAGUCAAAAAUUAAACGUCGAGGAGAGAACGAAGCGCUUAGAGAAAAUGAUCGAGCACGAUGAGAAACGAAAAUGCGUGAUCAUUAAGGAAUUGAAUCGGCUGCAAAGCGCUAUUUUACGUACAACGAAAAGGACUACAGAAUUGGAGAACGAGAGAAAGAUACUGCAGGUGGAAAUGCAGGGAGAACACAAGAAAGUUGAUUUGCUCGACGCCUUACUUACGAAGGAGAACAGACUUCUGGGGGAAAAGAAAGAGACUCUUUAUCAGGUAGACUUCAAUCUGCAGAAGUGCGAGAUGAAACUUGAACGAAUCAGGGGACACGAGCGCGAUAAGAAUGAAGCCGAAAAGAAGCAGACGAGAAUCGAGGAGCUACAAGCUGUACUGAAAGAGAAAACAGCCACAUCUAAGUUGCUGCAAAAUCAGAUUGUCAGUUUGGAGCACGACAUGAGAAAAGAAUCCAGUUGCUUAUCGAACGAAAACAACGAACUCGAACGGUUACGGAGCAAAAAGCAAGAUCUAUUGUUACUGUUGGACGGGGGCGAAAAGCGACUGAAAAUCGCACAAUCCCAGAACGAGGAGAGACAAGUGGAAGAAAAUAUAAUGCGCCUUCGGGUGUCGCAGCUCGAGAGGAUGACAUCGAAUGUGAGCGACAAAGUCUACGAUUUGGAGAAGUACCGUCUUCAUCUCGAAGCUGCACUCAAGGAGCGCGCAGCGGAGAUCGCGGCGCAGAAGGAGGCGCUCGUCGUGCAGAGGAGGGUCGCCGGCAACGAGUGCUCGGAACUGCGCACUGCUAUUGCCGAGAGAAAGAGCAGGAUGCGGCAGCUGCAAGCGCGAUAUGACAGCGGUGUCGCGACGAUGGGUGCCACCCCGGAUGGGGCGCCGAUGAGCACCGCAUACUUGAAGAUACAGAGCGCUCAAGAGCGAUAUAUGCUGCGGGAGCAGGGCGACAAGCUGGACGAGGCUAUCAGACGAACCGAGCAGGAAAUACGUAGCAUGGAGAACACGUUGCGGGUGGUGAACGUAUGUAACGACAAGUACAGGGAUAGUGUGAGCGCGGUCGAUCAGGACGGACCCGAGUGGACAGAGCAGAGAAGGCUCGACGAGCAGAUGCACGAGGCGCGGCAGAAACUACUCCAAAAGCAGACGCAGCUGCAACAAUUGUUCGAUCAACUGCAGAAAGCGCAGAAUAAUUAUACCCAAUCGCUCGAGGAUAUUGAGAAAGCAAAGGAGGAAAAGGAAAAUAAGGAACGUUACUUGUCGGGCGUCGAGAAACAGACGGCAGAGCAAGGAGAGAAGAUAUCCAGAGCCGACAAGAGCCUUCGUAAGGCACAGAAGGACAUACAAAAUUUGUAUGUCUCUAAAAGGGACGACACCAUGUUUCUGCAACAGAGAGAAGUGGAACUGCGCGAGCUUCAAGAACAGAACGCGCUGGUUCUUCAAGACAUCGCGGAGUUCACGAUUCGCCAUGUGGAAGCUGAAGCGUAUGUUAAAAAACUGCUGAUGGCCAAGAAUAUCGAGCUACCGUGCUUUCUCCCAUCGGUCAGAUCGCCUAUCAGUCCUUCCGGUAGUUCGGCAGGUUCGGUAGAGCAGCCUUUGAAGAGCACGAGCCGCAUGAGCGUCUUCACGUCGUCCAGGGAGAGCAUUGGCAGUGUAGUUAGGAUAGAGCCGCAAUUUGAAGAACCAGCAAGCACCGCGUCGAGGCGAACUACGAAGCGUGAUCCUGCGUCGAAAGAAUAUCUCGCUUUGUUGAAGCGGUCCGCUACUGCGCGUGAAAAGCAACAACCGUGGAAAAAAUCGUGAUGGUAAUUUCGACGGCGUAAUAAUCGGAAUUGGACUUCGUUUAUGUGCUUUGUCAAAACAAUGUACGUAGCUUCUUCUUGCUCCGUGUAUCCGUCGAAAAUUUUUCUCGAAUUCUUCGUAGCGUGUGUAUGUAUUAUAUUAUAUUUAAUUUACCUAUAAUAUGAAACUGAUUUGUCUCGAUUACCGCGCAACACACAUUACGAGUUUGGCAUUUUUAUCGAUAUGUCUGAUUUUUUUACGAAAUAUUACAAUUUACAAUAAAAUACACUU